ACUUGUGUAAACGACGGAACCGUGUUGGGAACCGUGUUGUUCGGUUGUCAAAAGAUUACGUUUGAAUAAACCCGAUGUGACAACUUCGGCUAAUGAAACGUUAUGAUUUACUCUAAAUCCGUUAAAUGGAUUCAGAAGUAAAUGUUUCUCGAUCUCUUCCGCCACUGGUUGAGGGGAAACUUCACGGCUACUUGAACCUCACCAUCGACGAAAUUGUCUGGUCAAGACGAAGUCCGGGAGACGUAACUAUACUUGCCUCCUGGUGGGGUGAACUCGACAGUGCGCAAUUUAGACCAGUCGACAUCAAGACUGGUUCACAAACAGUAAACGAAGAUACAACAGAGACUUACGCUGUGAGAACAAGUGUCGAUUUAUUUGCAGAGUAUCUGAAAAAUUGCGGGACAAUAGAGCUUGUGGUUGUGGCAGAAAAUACACAUCAGGUUAUUGCCACAGCUCAUGUUAUCGAUUUACUGGAUAUAUUCGAGAGUAAAACAUACUCUAGAUAUUUUCCAAUUAUAAAUGAGGCUGGGAACAGAUUAGGAGACGUUCAUAUUUGUUUGAAGUUUACAAACAUGACGAAAGGUGUUAAGACUACCAGAAAAAUUAAACGAUUUCAAAAAACGCAGUUUGAAGAUCAAGCAUUGCACCCUGUAAUUAAUUUAAAGCCGAGAGUAAACGACGAGAAACUACAGAAAUCAAACAAAAUGAUCUUUGAUAAUAAGUCAAAUUACACAUUAGCCAUGAGCAAUUCUAAGUACAUGGACAAUGCAUAUAAGUCUGUAUUGAAAGACAAGCGAAUGCAGAGUGAGAUACCAUUGAAAAAAUUUAACACCGAAGUUGCUGACAAACUUGUCGCCCAGGUUGUUGCGAGAGCACAGAGAUUACGAGGAGCCAUUCUCAAAGAAACUUGCAGCGAUGACCGUUUAGCUUUGAGCGAAAGUUCUGCUCUAGAUAGUCUUACGUCUGACAAUUCCAUUGAGAAUGAAGCCAAGCUUUAUGAAUACUUUCUUGGAAAGAAAAUGAGUCAAUUGGAUGAGCGUAAGGCGUUAGAAACAUUGAGAUCUACAUCUCCCACACCAAGCUUGAUUAAUCUAGCUUCUGAAACAAUUCAAUCGUGCUAUAACUGCCAGCAACGUUGUAAUCAAAGAAAGAUUGUCAUGAGCAAGCCUGAUGAAGUUGUGAAUGAAGUUAUUUCCAAAGAUUCAGAAUCGUAUAAGUACAGAGAAUCAGGCCCGAUUGAUCAUAUAGACAGCAUGAAGAUUGUCGUAGAGUCCCUAACGUUGUCUCCACCAGGAUAUCGAAGAGUCCGAUCAUCUUGCGUUUCUCGAGGUGAUAGCAUACCAUUAGCAGUGACGUACCUUGUUGAAUAUGAUACAUCAUUUACGAAAAAACCGAUCAGGAAAUCUAACAGUGAGAGCCGCCCCACGAAAUUAUGUUCCAAAAAACAAGUUGGUCAAGUUAUUUAUUUCAAUCAUCAAGCGAUCUUUGACCUGCCAAAACCCUACAUUCACAUGGAUCUACCUUUAAAGUUCAAGGUUUUUAAUCGACAUUUGAAUCAAAGGUCGCCUACCUUACUAGGUUUUGGAUCAAUAUAUGUAAGCGAAGUUGCAGAAAUGGAAACACUGAGUACAACGCAAAAGCUAGCAAUAGUUAACAAAGGCAUAAAAAUGGGAGAAUUAAAAGUUAAUAUAGAACUGGGCUGUGAUGGGAUUCACUUUGGAAAAGAUUUUAUUGAUGCAGUAACAUCUACGAAGCAAAAUAUUCCUGUGUAUGAGAUAUCAUCGGUGCCUAGCACAACAGGAAGCAAAGCAAAAUCAGCUACUGGUAGCAAUUCAAAGCCAAACAGCAGGGUUUCAACAUCCUCUAAAUACUCUUAUAGUUGCAGUGGGAGCAAAUCUAGUGGGAGUAAUAAAAACGGUGUCACGGAGAAUAGGCAAAGCGACACAGAAGAUAGAUAUGUAAAAGUCGAUCAACCUAGUGAAAAUAAAGAAGAAAAAACACUUCUGCAUGGAUUGAUAUACAUAGCUGAAGGUAAAGGAUUACCCAAAUUGAAUACGUACUUAAUAUGUCGAGCAUUUUGGAAAGAAGAUAGAGCUACUAGCCAAUUGUGCAAUGAUACUGAGAAUCCGUUUUACCAUUUUCACGAACUAGUUCCAUUGUUGCACGGACAAGAAUUGCUCGAUAGAACAAAGGAUAACUUCAUCGUUACCGAAGUUUGGAGUAGAAAUAUUUCAGGACAAGACAGUUUACUCGGUAUUGCCAAACUACCUGUUCAUCAGUUGUAUGUCGCUUAUCGCGAUUCUUUAGUGGUUCCACAUCUUUUAUUAUCAAAGUAUCCUGUUAUAAGCGUUGACGGAUGGGUUCCGAUUUCUGAACCAAUAACUGGCAACUAUUGUGGGGAACUACUGGCUUUGGUAGCUCUUGGCACUGCGGAUCAAAUCGCUCUUCUAGAAAUGACCAGAGGACUUAGAGACUGCAACAUAACACCUCGUGUGAUUCAAAGUUCUUUGAGGAAUGCCUCUCAGAAUACACAGAAAUCUAACUUGUCUACAGGCGAAAGUCAAGUUCUUAAUCAGAGAAUUCAUGUUCGUCGCGACAAUCCUCAUGCUUCUACAGAUUUCCUACAAGGAUUUGAUAGCGGAUUUCAACAUUUUCACGCUGAAGAAAUUUAUUUUGCGCCUCAAGAUAAAAAAACUCAGGAAUCACAGACUGAAAUUACUACCGUUGAAGAUGUGAAGUCUUUUGAUACUUUAAAUAGGGAAGCUCAAAAUGAUCCCUCAGGCUCACAAAGUUCAGUUCUACAUGCACUGGUUGACCAUUUGGCUCAAACACUUAGUGUUCCAAAGGUUAGCAGUCAUACUGCAACUGAGGCUCACACUGUUCAACCAAACCAUCGUAAAAUGUCAACUAUUGUAGAACAAAUUGACUUAGAACCAUUGAGUAAUGAAAGUGUUUCUUCCUUGGAAAGUAGUCCUAGAGAAAAUUACUGUAUGCCCACUGAGAUGUAUAGAAGUGUUGGAGUUGGCGCAGAGUAUGAUGAUACUGUCAAUCAAGUUCCAAGCACAAGUUACUCAAACUCGAAUCCUAAACCACUGAUCACAGGGAAAUCUGUUACACAUGAUGAAUUAAGGGAUAUGAUGGUACACAUAGAUGAGGAAUCAUCAUUUAGGGCUCACGUAGAGAUUGAAUGUGCCUUGCACUUGCCUAAAGUAGAAAAACUUGAAGGAGCUAUUGAACCAAGUACAUACGUGACUUUUCAACCUGCGCAGCAAGAUAAUGGAACACAAUUCGGUUCAUACAAAAUCACAAAUAUCUUUCCUAACAGCUGCAGUCCAAAAUGGGAAUGGAGAUGCGAUACACGUCUCUCUUCUGACUUACUCGUAAAUGAACAGAAAAGAAUGAUAUUAAAAAUCUGGCGACUGCUAGAUCCUACGACAAGUCCAAAUUUUGACUUGAAUAGGGAUAUAGUUAUUGGAUUUGCAGCUGUUGAUUUGUCCAUAUUACUUGCUGGGUUCCCUCUUGUAUCCGGAUGGUUUCACAUCAUGGAUUUUACUGGGAAAUGCAACGGUCAAAUAAAAGUCACUAUUACACCGCUGGAAAGUAUCUCAAUGUUCAUCAAAUCGACUUCUAGCACAAGUAUUCCACACCAACAAAUAUCGCAAUUGACAGCAUCCUAUAUUCCACAGAGUACUGGUGUCCUCUUAGAAAAUUUUCUCCCUCCUGUGGAACAAAUAUCACAAAACCACACUAUUAGCAAUAAUGAUGGAUUUUGUACUAGUUAUAACGAAUUAGAAAAUGAUCCAGGGAAUGACAUCGGUCAUAGUCUAGGUGAUGUUUCUAUGACGUUUUUGUCGCAAUCACUCAAGCAAAAGUUGACUGAGUUGGAUGAGAUUACAAAACGAUUGAAAUCUCGAUUGCACGAUGUAACAAAUGAAGAUUUUGACGUUGACUUUGAUCCUGACUUCGAUGCUGAUGAGCCGGAUUUAGAACUUGCACAUCAUCAAAAUGGAAACACUGUGAAUGAUCACUCUGCGAGAAUCGCGCCUCGGAAUGUAGAAGAUUGGCAACCUCUACCACAAACAACUAACAAUUUAUCUAGUCAAUGCUCUCAAACAAAUAGAUAUCGGGAAUCAAAUUUUUUUAUCGACAUCCAAAACCGAUACGUGCCAAAUAAUUACAAUGCUAACACAGAAAGUACGGAUCCAAAUCUAACAGACACCGGUUACUCUACAACUUCACAUGUGCACUCCAGUCAGAGUUUGUCAAAUGGACAUUUUGAUGGUGGGAAUCGAAAUGAUGACUAUUCUAAUAACUGUUACGCGAGAGAUGAUGUAGCUGGACAACCUACAAGGGGCGCUAGAAUGCACAUAAACCAUUUACUAGAUAAAUUAACGUCUCUAACAUCUGCACCACCACCAGCGGGAAAUUUUCCAAUCAAAAGAAAUAUUCACGAUUUUAUCGCUAGUUUACGACACAACAAUACACAUACUAAUAGAAAAUGUAAUCAAGAAGUUAAUGUGCGAACUGUUCCGACGCAAACAGAGUAUCAGGACAUUCAGCGCACUGAAACUUAUAAAAAUCAGAAUCCAUCAUCUAUUAAUUUACAGCUAAAUGUAGUAACAAGAGAUGUCAAUGAGAAUAACAAUGCUGCUGACACUACUGCGAGCAAUGUACCGCAUGAAAGAAAUAAGGUAUCAACGAUGAUUCGGGAGGAAUUAGUCACCGAGGAAAAUAAUGAUUUUACUGAAUUUGACGACUUGACAACACACUUGUUGUCUUCAAAUGUUCGCCAUAUGCAUUCGGAGAGUAUUUUCAAUCCAUUAUUGUAUCAACACUUAAUUCCUAAUGUUCACGUCUCUGAUUCAUUUUCAAAUCCAAAUAAUUCUAAUGAAGGCGUAGAAAAUUUGAAUGCAACGAAUGACGGAGUUGUAAUAGAAGAGUUGGACAACAGAUAUACAGAGAAUUUCAAUGCUACUAUCAAUAAUAGGUUGGGUAGACUUAGAAAUUUAAUAGAAAUUGAUACAUCUUUGGUCGAAGAUAAUGUUAGCCAGAACAGAGUUCAAGCAAAUACUUCUAAAAGCUUAGAAGGUAAUGAUUUCCUUAGAAUGACACCAACAGGGGUGUCCGAUGAUACUGGCGGAAAUAUUGACGUUACAGAAGCUAAUAAACCAAAUUCUGAUGAAUCAAUGACUAGUAAUAGUACAGAGUCAACAACUACACUUUCGUUAGAUACUUCUUCUGUUAGACUAAGGCAACAUGUUGUUGAUAAUGGUUCUGGAAUGACAUCCGAUUCAUCAGUGUCUGUAGUCACUCGACAAGCUCCAGAUGGAGGAAACCCUACAGAGGAGACUAACAAACCAUUAGUUAUCAGUCGCCAAAACGAGAGUGACCAUUCUUUAACUGAUAGCUAAGUUUUUGGCUUCCAUUUUUUUAAGCUCGAAUAUUAUAGUUGUACGAUUUGUUCUGAUUUUUCAAUUCCUCAAGUAUUGCAGGAUUGGAUUUCUGAUCAAUUUAGGAAGUAGGACGAUUCAAACUUUGCUUGUAAAUUUCUGUGAUGCUGAAAGCUAGCUGUUGGUAUAUACCAAUUUCCAAGUUCUGAACGUAAUCAGUGACAUUUUAAAGGGUAUUGAUUAUAAUUUAUGAUUAUUGCUUUACUUAUAAUUAAAAAUAUUUUUAAGGGCUUGUAUAAUUGUCAACGAGAUGUUGUUUCGUUAAUUGGAUUGCCUGCGUUGUAGGUCAACUUUGAACAGAAAUAUUGUGUGCAAGUUAAUUUUUAACAAUUUUUUUUAUAUCAUGUAAACCACAAUGUUUUUUAACAUAUCUUAAAUACGGUUAUUUUUACUGCUUUACUACUAAUUCAAGUUACAAAAUGUAAUGUUUACACUGAGUCUUACGGUAUUUCUACAUUUAAUCGGUAUUCAUUUCAGACAACAUUAAAAUAUUGUUCAGAGUUUCUGUUUUCAUUGCUUUAAAACAAUAAUAUCUGAUUUCGAUCCAUUAAUCUUUGUUGAACUUAUUUAUAAAUCCGACAAUAGUAUUAAAUUUGUUGUCGUAUAUGAACAUUUCAUAACAGUUUUUAAGAACUAUUAUCUCUAGCAUAAAUGAAUCCUUUUUUUCAAUACCGUUUAUUUUCAAAUCAAAGCGAUUCUUGAAUAGGUGACAAUAAUUCGUAAUUAAAUUUCGUUUCAAUUCAAAACUUUGUACACGUGGUUUACAAGUUGUAUCGAUUUCUACAGGCCUCUCAGCAGCUAAAACUAAACUCUUAGUUGUUAUAUGUAAAGUGCCCACAUUUCAUCGAAUAUCUUUUUAUGGAAUUGCGUAACCAAAACCUUAUUCUGCGAAUGACAGCUUAUGUCGAAUAGAAAAAUAAGUGUAAUACUUGCCCUCACACGUAUUUCUAGAACAGCUUGUUACAAUACAGUUAAUAUACGUCAAUUGAUACAAGUGGUAUUACUCUGCAUAUUUUUAAUAUCUAGACAAGAAGCAAUUCUUUCCUGAUUGACUGAUUACCACAUAUACGUAAUGUGUAAUACGAAAUAUUAUCUGUUACACACAGCUAUAAUAGUUAUACCAUAUUCUAAUACAGUUAAACACUACUAUACUAUAUUAUUUGAGGCAUUUAACCAUUUGACAAGCGAAAUAUUUUUAUAUAAUCUUUCUGUAAAUAGUGCUCAAGUAGAGAUAUUAGAAAUAGUAAGGAUUUCAUUGUAUUGCUAUUAUGAGAAUCAUUUAGAUCUGUAUCACGUGUAAUAUGCCUAAAAAUGAAUUGAUGUAUACGUGUCGCUUAUUAAAUGAAUGUAAUCUAUUCA